ACACGUACAAAUCAGAGGAGGUCCUAAUCGAGUCAGAAACCAAUACGCAUUCAUUUCUACAGUUACUUACACACUCGUACACACACACACUUGUGGAUUUACAGGUGCACAGAAGAGAGCAGAUACACACACAGGGGACGAUAACUAAAGCAGGUUGUGUGAUGGCUGAACUCGGACCCGAGUUGUUCUCCGAGCAGGAGUUGACAUGUUCCAUCUGUUUGGACCUGUUCAGCGAGCCCGUGUCCACACCGUGUGGUCACAACUUCUGCCAGAGCUGCAUCGGUGGUUACUGGGCCUCCAGCUCCGAGUGCACGUGUCCUCUGUGUAAACGGCCCUUUAGUGGCCGUCCGGAGCUCAGCAUCAACCGUGUGUUUGCUCACAUCGCUCAGAAGUACAAGGACAUGCGGUACGGAGGGCCUCCACCCAUCAAACCUCGCCAGAAGAUCCCAGCAGGUGUCGGCAGUACAGCAGCAGGAAGAGGAGCUGGAGGAGAACUCACACUGCAGAACGGCACUAAUGCCCCAGACAUCCCCUGUGAUGUGUGCACCGGGAGGAAGGAGCGAGCCGUGAGCUCCUGUCUCACGUGCAUCGCUUCGUACUGUGAGACGCACGUGCAGCCGCACCGCCAGACACCCUUCUAUGCUUCCCAUCGACUCCUGGACCCUCACGAGGCCCUGCGAGGACGCACGUGUCCCGAACAUGGCCGGCUGCUAGAGGUCUUCUGCCGCACAGACCAGCGCUGCAUCUGCGCCAUCUGUGUGCUGGAGGAACACCGGACUCAUGCCACCGUGUCUGUACAGACCGAACGCGCCGUCAAACAGAGGAUGCUUGGGAAAACUGAACUGGACAUCCAGACGUCGAUCGAGAGGCGAGGGCUGCGUAUAACCGAACUUAAACAAAGACUGCAGUUCCUCAGGAACUAUGCCCAUGCUGAGCUCUCUGAGGUGGAGCAGGUCCUCUGUGAUGUCACGCAGUCAGUAGAGCGAAUACGCACAGAACUGGUGGGUGGAAUCGAGGACAAGAGAGACUCUGUGAUUGGCCAAGGGGAGAGGUUCGUGUCAGAGCUGGAGGUGGAGGUAGGCAAGCUGCAGGAGCGCAGGGCUCAACUGGAGGUUCAGGCCACAUCAGAAGACCACAUCAGCUUCCUGCAGAGCUUUGAGGAGGUGAAUGCUCCGUAUCAGGAUCAUAUGCUCAACACAGACCCUGAUCUGGAGCUCCACUUCUCUCUGGGGGAGGUGAAAAAUGCCCUGGGAGAGAUACGUGAAAGACUGGAUGAUAUCCACAUGGGUGAAGUUAACUACAGACAAUCAGUGUCGUCGCUGCCUGAGUCGGAGAGCAUGAUGAGUGUCAGGUCCAAUAAGAAGAAAGACUUUUCACUGAAAGAUCUGCGGAGGUUCAGAUCAGGAUCCAGUAUCAAGAAGGUCAGAGGUUAUCUAGAGGACGUGUUGUUAAACCCUGUGACGGCGUAUCCUUUCCUCAUCCUCUCCGACGACAGGAAACAGGUGAAACGUGGAGAAAAGCUGCAGUUUUUCAGGAAUAGCCCUCAGAGAUUUGACGUGUGGAGCUGUAUUACGGCUAAAGAAGGUUACGAUGCAGGACGCCAUUACUGGGAGGUGAGUGUUGGUGAUAAUAAAGACUGGAAAGUGGGUGUGGUCAGAGACUCUGCCCAGAGGAAAGGGCUGUUUGAUAUGAGCCCUAGCAAUGGUUACUAUGUGCUGUGGUGGAGCACCAAUCAUCUGCGAGCACUCACCACCCCGCCCCUGACCAAGGUGAAGAUGAAUGGACGCCUGCGAUACCUGGGUGUGUUUCUGGACUGCGAAGAUGGUCAUGUGACCUUCUACAAUGCCAAGACAGGUGCUGAGAUUUACUCGUUCAUUACAGAAGGAGCUUUUAGCGAGAAGAUGUUCCCUCUGUUCGGCACGUCUGAUAAAGAAGUUCCACUUAUGCUCCCAGGUGGAACAACACACAUGCCUGAGUAAGCGAACGAG